AUGUCCUCACCACCAAACGAGUCAAAGGCUCCAUGUGACUACCUUGGACUAGAGGAGGAAGUGGACUAUGGUAGCGAUACCAGUGUCCACGUCGAUACAGGGACAAUUUCCGACUCACUGAUGCCUGAGGCAAAGCCUUCGAACGCCCCAAAUCCGUUCUCUGAACGUGGAGAUGCGAGCGCGCCACUAGCGCAACAUUCAACAUCUGGCUCUGAUGAAACUAUCAUCACGAACCCGCUCGAUGAGCUAGAACAAUUGCUUGUCCAACAAGAAGAAAACACUCAGCGUCAUGAACAAAUGGUUGCAACCCUUUGA